AUGGGCGCUCUACUUUCUCUGCCACUUUUGGCGGUGCCGAGUGCCGGUACCCUUAUAACGCUUGCAACUUCAUGUUGUGGAGCUGCAACUUGCUCGGCAGUAUGUAGUGCGUGCGGGAAAUUUCAAAAUAGUAUGGCUACGAGAAUCGCCUAUGCCUUCAUCCUUCUGAUCAAUUCAAUCGUUUCGUGGAUAAUGCUCACACCAUGGGCGCUUAAGAAACUACAAAAUCUGACUUUGGACUAUAUGGAAAUCACUUGCGACGGCAAAGAAUGCCAUGGUUGGGUGGCGGUCCACCGUAUUAACUUCGGUCUCGGUCUCUUUCACCUGGUGCUUGCGCUGUUCCUGUUGGGGGUGAGGUCAUCUAAAGACGGCCGUGCGGCCCUUCAGAAUGGCUUCUGGGGUCCAAAGAUCAUCCUCUGGAUCGCCUUCGUGGUCGUGUCAUUCUUCAUUCCGCAGUCGUUCUUUUUCAUCUAUGGUCGUUACAUCGCGUUUAUUUGCGCUAUGCUCUUCCUAUUGCUGGGUCUUAUCCUUCUGGUAGAUCUGGCGCACUCCUGGGCUGAGAUCUGUCUGCAGAAGAUUGAGGAUAGCGACUCCCGAAUUUGGCGCGGGCUGCUCAUUGGUUCAACUAUUGGCAUGUACAUCGCAUCGAUCGUGAUGACCGUCCUUAUGUAUGUUUUCUUCGCUGGCAGUGGAUGCGCCAUGAACCAAGCUGCGAUUACGGUUAACCUCGUUGUUUUCUUGAUCAUUUCCUUCGUGUCCAUUCAGCCUAUAGUGCAAGAAUCCAAUCCGCGAGCGGGUUUGGCUCAAGCAGCUAUGGUGACUGUCUAUUGCACAUAUCUGACUAUGUCGGCUGUUUCAAUGGAACCAGAUGACCGCCAGUGCAAUCCUCUAGUGCGCGCUCGCGGGACGAGAACGGCCAGUAUUGUUUUGGGAGCCAUUCUUACCAUGGCUACCAUCGCGUACACGACAACGCGUGCAGCCACUCAGGGCCUUGCGUUGGGAUCCAAGGGCGGCCAUAAUUAUUCGCCGCUGGGGACGGAUGACAACGAACAUGGUCUUGUGACCCAACAGCCGACCAGUCGUCGCGAGAUGCGUGCCGAAGUUCUUCGUGCCGCCGUGGCUAGUGGCAGUUUACCUGCUAGUGCACUCGACGAUGACAGCGACGAUGAAUCCGAUGACUAUAACACUAAGGACGAUGAACGAGGGUCGACGCAGUAUAACUACUCCUUGUUUCACGUGAUCUUCUUCUUGGCUACGACCUGGGUGGCCACACUUCUCACUCAGCGCUUGGAAACCGAAGCCGAGAAUACAGAUGACUUUGCUGCUGUGGGGCGGACUUACUGGGCCAGCUGGGUGAAGAUCAUCAGCGCCUGGGUCCACCAAAUCCAAUCCGGUCAAGUCAUUGUCGAUCUCUGCUCUGUUGCUAAGGAGUUGGUCGAAAACAGUCUUGACGCCGGUGCCACAUCGAUCGAGGUCCGAUUCAAGAAUAAUGGACUAGACUUGAUUGAGGUGCAAGACAACGGCAGUGGAAUAUCCCCUGAGAACUACGAGAAUGUCGCACUCAAACAUUAUACAUCGAAGCUUUCUUCCUACGAGGAUCUAUCGCGGCUACAGACUUUCGGUUUCCGCGGCGAAGCACUAUCGUCCCUAUGCGCCCUGUCCGAGUUCCAUGUUAUCACUGCCCAAGCCAACCAAGCUCCCAAAGCCAACCGUCUCGAUUUCGAACCUUCCGGGAAGCUGAAGAAGACACAAAUUGUCGCGGGCCAGAAGGGCACAACGGUAUCGGUGGAGGGACUGUUCAAGAAACUACCUGUGCGGCGCCGUGAGCUAGAGAAGAAUAUCAAGCGUGAAUAUGGAAAGGUUUUAAACCUUCUUCAUGCGUACGCAUGCGUCAGCACAGGCGUCCGUUUCAGCGUCAAGAACACGGUCGCAAAGACCCGCAACGUCGUGGUCUUCUCUACGAACGGUAACCAGACAACGAAAGAGAACAUCGCUAAUGUUUACGGCGCGAAGACCCUAAUGGCUUUGAUUCCGCUCGAUCUAACCUUGGAAUUCGAGCCAUCUACGGCUGGAAAGCGAGCCGCUGUGGAUGAAGGGCGGGAGGUGAAUAAGAUCUCCGUCCGGGGACAUGUCUCGAGACCUGUUUUCGGGGAAGGCAGGCAAACACCUGACCGUCAAAUGUUCUUUGUCAACUCUCGUCCUUGUGGAUUACCGCAAAUAGCCAAAGCGUUCAAUGAGGUUUAUAAAUCUUUCAACGUGUCACAGUCACCAUUUGUGUUUGCGGACUUUCAUAUGGAUACUAACGCAUACGAUGUCAACGUUUCACCCGAUAAGCGCACGAUUUUACUGCACGAUGCGGGAAUUAUGAUCGAGUCUCUGAAAACAUCUCUUACGCAGUUGUUUGAAUCCUCGGAUCAGACAGUUCCCCAAUCCCAAGUCAACAACGCUAAGCAGUCAACUACUAAACUACAGUCCGGAAAAUUGCAAGACAUUCUAAUCCGUAAAUCUUCGUCUGGGGGCGCAGAGACUGCGGAUGAUGAGGGAUCAGAAAUGGACGAAAGCCAGGCCAAUGGCAGAAGCAAGCUCAACUCCCAACAUAGAAUGAGGAGCUUCUUAAGCGAUAUCGGAUCGUCACCUGGGGGUAGAGCGAGCAUAUCCUCGUCUCCCCUUCGUGCGGACAAAGAACCUGCGCGUGAUAUGACAUUGUUGCCUCCAAAUACGCCUACCCAAUCGAAACGCAACUCAUUCGAGACAGACAAUCAGCUCUUCGUUACAGAUGAUGACAUCCAACAGGAAGAACCAUCACUGGGUGCAGGCGAGAGCAUGCGACCAGAACGCCCCGCUGGUGAAGAUUCACAGAUUGCAGAUGAUAACGAUGCUCCACUAAGUAAUACACCACCAGACUCGCAGCAGACAAUAACGCAGAGACGAGAGCCGUCUGCGGAAAUACCCAAUACUAUACAGAAUGCGUUCGACCGAAUGAGGCCAAGACGAGCGCCGGCUGAGGUGGCGACGAUCACUAUCGGAAACAAGACAGUGACGUCCAUAGUAGGAAGUGGUCCCUAUCGAAAGCGUGAUAUUGACCAUGUCGACACUACUAGCUCCACAUCUCGGAAAAGACGUAUACAUACCCCAUCUCGUCCUAGUAUAUUUGGGAAGCACAUGAGGGGCUUUGCAGCGCCUGGGGUUCAGGUAGAACACACCGCGAGCAGUGAGGCCGAGGAAGAGGAGGGAUAUGAAGAGGAAGAAGAGGAAGAGGAGGUUGAAGAGGAGAUCGAAGAUGAAGAGCCUGAGGGUGGUCCUCGAUCUCAUGUUCCUUCCGACCAAGAUAGUAUUCAAUCGCAAGAUGAAGCUCUACCUGAGGCUGAAGUCAAGGAUGAACCCGCAAUGUCUCAGCAAGAUGCUGCUGCACCUGCGGAAAAGACCUUGAGUGACGAAGAGAAGAAGAAACACGAAGAAGCUGAAGUUCAGCGACUGAUCCGACAGGCAGAAGAAAAAGCUGCCUUGCCACAGGAAAGCAAUAUCAACCGUGCGAACAAGCUGAAUAAGGGCGCUGCUCAUCGCGAUUCCACAGUCAACCUAGUGAGCACUAUCGAUGGUUCACUUUCUAGGAUUCAGCUUCAGAUGGACAAGCUUCAGGAAAGGCUUCGCUUGCACGACUCGAAUGUUGCAGAUUCUCAGGACAAUGAGGCUGAAAGUUCGCUAGAAACUGCUGAGGAGCGGUUGUCGCUAACUGUUUCCAAGGAUGACUUUGGCAAGAUGCGGAUUGCUGGGCAGUUCAACUUGGGAUUCAUCCUAGCCACCCGGUCCUCAACAGGUGUCUCUGACUCAGCACCAUCCAGUGCGAAGGAUGAGCUUUUUAUCAUUGACCAGCACGCUUCUGACGAGAAGUUCAACUUCGAGCGACUCCAGGCGGAAACUGUGGUGCAGAAUCAACGACUUGUGCAACCGAAGCAGCUGGAUCUGACGGCGGUUGAAGAGGAAAUCGUGAUAGAGAAUCAAUCUGCGCUGGAGAAGAAUGGCUUUGUCGUGGAAGUUGAUGACAGCGGCAACGAGCCGAUUGGCCGCAGGUGCAAGCUGGUCUCGCUACCACUCAGCAAGGAAGUCGUCUUCGGCGUGCGAGAUCUGGAGGAGCUCAUUGUCCUUCUUUCUGAGACGCCGGCCUGCAGCGCAGCGGGGCCCAUGUAUGUUCCGCGACCGAGUAAGGUGCGAAAAAUGUUCGCUAUGCGGGCGUGUCGGUCCAGCAUUAUGAUUGGGAAGAACCUGUCCCAAAAGCAAAUGACCCGAGUAGUGCGAAACAUGGGCACGAUUGACAAACCAUGGAACUGCCCUCAUGGUCGACCGACCAUGCGACAUCUGAUGAGCCUGGGACAAUGGAACGAGUACGAUGAGUUCGACGGCGAUGAAGAGAGUGAGUUAGAGGAUCGCCGGUCAUGGACGGAUACGUUGGAUAUCUGGAAGGAUUACUUCAAGGAAAUGACCGGCGAGGGAGAGGAGGAGAGUGAGGGUGAAGAUGAAGCAGAUUAACAUCACUAUCCUUUUUUUGGUUAC